CGGGUGGUUACUUAGUUAUUAGCUGUUUCUUAUUUCUAUUUAUUUUAACCUUGUCCUACUUAGUAAAUUAUAUCGAUCUUAGUAUAUAUAUUGUAAGUUUUUUUAUCUAAAGAAGUGUUUUCUUCAUUAUUUUUACAAUUAUGUUAUCUAUUGUACGACAAUGACUGAACAUUCUAUACCUGAAACAAGAGAGGGAUUUCUUCCUGGACCUUAUCUUUCUCAAGGAAUCUUUAAUAAUGGUUUAACUUAUAACUGUGGUGUGCAUAGUGCAUUUUGUACAACAUGUCAUGCUAUGUCAGAAGAUGUAGCAAGGGGGAUCCAGGUAAAUGGAAGAAUGUCUGCUGUAAGAAGGUUCUUCUGUUUAUUUGUAACCUUCGAUGUACUACUGACAAGUCUUAUUUGGCUCAUAUGCCUUGUGUUGGCUGGGAACUUCAAUUUUACAGACGCUUUUUACAGAGAAAUAGUUCACUAUAGUAUAAAGACAUCUCUCUCUGAUGUUGUUAUGGCCUCACUUGCCCGAUUUAUCAUUCUUUUAUUUUUUUAUGGACUUCUUCAUAUUGAUCAUUGGAUCAUAGUUGCAAUAACCACAGUUGGAACAUGCUGUUUUUCAGUGGAAAAGGUCUAUAUUUAUGAUUGGACUCAAAGUCAGCAGGUGUUAUCUGUUCUCCUGAUACUUUCUUCAUUCAUCCUGUCGUGGGCUGAGGGGUGGCUUUUGGACAUCAAAGUCAUACCUCAAGAACGAUCAGCUCAACAAUUUCUUACGACAAAUCCAACCACUCCUGAUGAAAGGACUCCACUUAUCAGAAGUUUUCUGCACAAUCAUGCUCAAUUCGAUGUGAUGUCAGAUUCUGUCGCAGGAACAUUUUACUCACCAGUUGAAUCUCCAGCAGGAUCUGAUGAUGAAUCAGACAGGCCAGAUAAAAAGAAAGAACAGGCUGAUUUUGCUGCAUAUGUAAAAAUUAGAAGCAAUGAAAUAUUUGAAGAAGCCUGGAGUAUAUUGAAUAAUGAUAAAUGGACUGUUGAAACUACAUCACCAUCAGGAGACGUUAUUUACAUUCAGAAAUUAGCAAAAGGAGAAAAAAUUUUUCGUCUCAUUGGUGUAGUUGAAGCUCCCAUCAGCCUCCUUAUAGACAUCUUAUAUCACCAAGUAAAUGAGGUUCCUUUAUGGAAUCCUACGGUGAAGGAGUCAAAAUUCCUUCAGAAGUACGAUGAAAAUGUUGACGUAAUUUAUCAGUUGUCAGCUGAAGCUGCAAAAGGCCUAGUCUCCAGCAGGGAAUUUAUCUUACUUCGUAAUUUGGUUCAGAAAAAUGGCUAUCAUAUUAUUGCAACUUGCUCUGUCAAACAUCCUAGUUUGCAAUCACGACCAAAUGUUAUUAGGGCUGAAAAUGGGUCUGGCUGUUGGGCUUUGAAACAAGUUGCUGCCUUUGAGACUGAAGUUCGAUGGCUUCUUAAUACAAAUAUUCGUGGUUGGCUUCCACAAUCUGCUGUUGAGUCAGCUCUACUCACGGCUAUGUCAGAGAAUAUGGCAAAUAUCAGACGAAGAGCAUUAGAACUUCGAGGUGUUUAGUGUAUCAUAUUUAUCGCCUUUCAUGUAAUUUCUUAAAACACAAUUGAUCAUGAAAGUUGUUUCAAUAUUAUUACAAUUAAAAUGUAUGAUUCGGGUGUAUUCUGUUUUAAGAAUACCCCUUUUGGUAUUCUAUUGCUCAUGUACUCUUUUUGUCUUAUAUCACGAAAUAAUAUAAAUAUUUUAAUUGUAUCUGGUCAAUUCUAGUUCAGAAGAGCAGUGAUAUGAUUAUACUUUUUUUCAUUUUGUUUCAAACAGUGUAUAAUCUAAGUUAAUAAAUAUGCUUCUUUUUUAAUUUUAACAGUUGAAGAUAUUUUUGAUAUUCGCCUUCCAAAAGAUAGGUACAGCAUGUUAAAUUUAG